AUCGAGCAUCCUCCUCAUAUAAAAUACUCCUUGAUUUCGAAGAGUAUACGAAGAUACCAGCACGAUGCCGCAAAUCAGCGACAUCUGGCUACCAUGCCUCAUUCUGCUCGUGUUCUGGACGCGCCCCACUGCAGCUUUCGGUGCGGGCAACAUUGCCAGCUUGAGCUCAAUUGAGGGACAAAACUGGCGCCAUGGAGACAUUGAAGAUACGCUCCUUACGCUGCUCAUCAGUGGUCAGACUGGCAAGAAAUUCAGCAAAAUGGACGUCAAGCGUGUCUACUUUGGCAAUUGGCUUCGCGACUACUCACAGGCCGUCGACGUUGGCACUGUGAAGAUGGUAUCGGCGGAGGCUAUCCGCAUUUUACUUUGGGUCCUUGGCUUCAUGAGUUUUGGCUACGGCACCGGGGAAUUCGAAGUUACCCGUGACCGCCUGGGCUGCUACAGACCAGAAGAGCACAUUGACAACCCCAAGGACUAUGCCGAUAACAUCGAUGCCCGCGAUUACGAUCGACGCCUACGAGCCCCGGUUGACGAACGUCGCGAGCUCAGCAUCGACGAGAGAACCGGGCUGAAGAAUUACAUUGCAUCGGAGAACGUGGGCAUUACAACAUCGGCUGGAAUGGUCCGCGACCUACUGAGGCGCUGCAUUGAUCUCGGUCAGCGCUCGGGAGGACGCGGUCCUGACUUUUAUGAAGCCCUUCGUCUUCUUGGUACCGCAACACACUGUCUCGAAGACUACUCCGCCCACUCCAACUACGUUGAAUUGGCCUUGAUCGAGAUGGGAGAAGAAGAUAUUUUCCCCCACGUCGGCAGAAAUGCCCGCUUCCACGUUGAAGACGCUGGCAAAGAGGUGUAUCCUAUCAUCACCGGCACAUUUGGUGGGGUUGACUUUUUGCACUCGGUGUGCGGAGAGUUCAGUGACAAGGCUACCCAAUCUGAACUGCAAGAGUUACAGGGUGCCAUGGCCAACGCUGAGAGGAGCGAGAACAAGAGUAAGAUCAAAGAGCUUCUCGCCAAGCUUCCACCCGGCAUCUUUGGUGGUAAAGACGAAGCCAGCAAGGCUGACGAACUCGAGAACAACGCCAACGCUGCUGCGAUGGGAAACAUCCAAAUCACCCCCAAGGAGCCUGAAGCCUUUACUGAGCAGAUUGGGGAGAUUGUAAAACAGAUCUAUCCCAUCAUGGAAUUUCAUGACGAGAUCAUGCAGUCUAUCGCCGAGUUCAUCGAAAACGUUCCGAUCCUACCAGAUCUCAUUGAAGAAGUCCAGAACCAGGUUACCAUCUUUGUCUUCAGCUUGCUUGCACCCUACAUCUUGCCUAUCCUUAACCAAGUCAAGUCCGAGCUUGAGACUGGAUCUAGCGAGGUCAUUGCAAGCUCUCGCGACAAGCAACACAUCGUCUUCAAUGAUGACGAUUGUACAGACCCGACCCACAGCAUGCUUUCCAAGGAUCAUUUUUCGAACAUCCUCAACGAACCUGCUGGUCAAAUAGCAUCCGCUGUCUUGAGAUGGGCCGUGCCGCAAAUUGUGCAGUGCUGGGACGGCCAGGCCGACCCUGAGCAAACCAUUGAUCGCAUCAUUCAGGCCGUGUUCCAUCAUCCUGCAUGUGUCGGAGCUACUAGGGACCGUUCGGUCACACAAGGCCGCCAAGUCAUGUUCGAUACUGUUGGCCAAUGGUGGAAUAACCAGAAUAAGCAAAGCCUUCGAAGGAAGCUUAGUCGUGAAGGUGUAGAAAAUGGUCAAAAUCAUAAGGCGGAUGUACACGACAAGGGACAUGGUUGUGGCAAGCCUUUAGGAAUGGCAAACAAUUUCAGCUCUUCGGGUGGCAAAGGCAGCAGUAACCCACAAAUCCAGCAAGCCACUGAUCAAGUUGGUAAGCUUGCGGGUGAAGCCGUUGGUGGCGGCGCUCUAGGUGGGCUCGUCGGAGGCCUUGUUGGAGGCAUCGGCGGCUCCCUACUUGGAGGUGCUUUUGGUGAUAGCGAGAAGAAGAGCCGCAAACAAGAGAGUUACGGUCAGGACGGCUCUUACACGCAGUCAUACUCGGAGACUGGUCGCCAUCAGGGAUCUUCACAUGGUGAUGGCGAUCGUUAUGGCCGUGCUGAGUACGAGAAUACUCAGUACCCCGGCGGCGGACGUCGUGAGGAGUACUCCCGCCAAGAGCAGGACAAGCGUGGUGGAUCCUACAGCUACCAACAAACAGUUCAGACCUCCAGCUACAGUGGCGCUGGUGGAUAUGAACGUCGCGAGGAACGUCGCGUACAGCAUGGUGAUGAGUGGCGCUCUGAGGAGACGCGCGAAGGCUUCGAUCGGUCAGGGGAGUACUACUCGGAGGAGGAACGCCGCGGUAAGUCCAAAAAGCACUCCGAUAACGAUUCGGAGGAUUCGGGCGGCGAGGAUUCCUACGAGAAGCGCAUGAAGAAGGAACGCAAGAAGCGUGAGAAGGAGGAAAAGGAGGAGAAGAAGCACAGAAAACACAAAAAGCACGAUGACGACUCGGAUGAUGAUGCUGACAAGCGUCGUUCAGGUUCGGGUGAACACAGGCGUCGCUCUCGCUCUCGCGAACAUGGGCACGAGCAUCGUCGCAAGAAGAGCGGCAGCCGGUCACCCCAGCGCCAGACUGGAGGCUACUCGCAAGGCUAUGGCCAAGAACAGGGAUAUGGUCGUCAAGAAUCUUCCAGGUAUGAACGCCAGGAGUAUGGCGGUGACUCUAGAGGCUACGGUCGUCAGCAACCACAAUACGGUGCUGACUCUUAUAGCACUGGUGGAUAUGGCCGUGAAGAGGAAUCAGGCUACGGCCGCCAGAGUUCCGGUGGGUACGGUCGUUCAGAGGGCCUAGAAUACGGAGGUGAGCGACCAGACCAGUCUUAUGGCGCUUCCGGCGUUCCUGGAGGGUUCGGCGAAGAGCCUCGUAGCCAUGGUCGCCGCCGUGACGAAGAAGAUGAGUAUGGCGAGAGGAGGCAAGAGUAUGGCUCAGGUGGAUAUGGCGAGCAGGGCUAUGGGAGACGCUACUAG